UCCAGGGCCCACUGGGCAGGCCUGCAAAAUAAGGCCCCUAGAAACUCCCUGAGGUUUGCAAGUCUUCUCCCGCUCCUCGGAAUUUCCCCCCCUUCAUUCGCAUUACUUUUAUUCUGACGGAAACGGCGCGGGCUAGGCCCCAGGAGGGGCGCUUUUCAGGUGCAACUGGCCCGGCGAUCGCGGUGGGCAACCCCUACAAGGCCCCCGGUUGACUGGGAGCUGACGAUCUGAGCUGUGGCUUUGGAAGACCCAGACGAUGAAGCCUAGACCCGCCCGGUUCGUGGAUAAUAAACUCAAGCAACGAGUCAUCCAGUACCUUACCGGUAACAAAUGUGGCAAAUAUGUGGACAUUGGAGUCUUAGCAUCUGAUUUACAAAGAAUGUACAGUAUAGACUAUGGUCGAAGAAAAAGAAAUGCUUUUAGGAUUCAGGUAGAAAAAGUAUUUAGCAUAAUUAGUAGUGAGAAGGAACUUAAGAAUUUAACAGAAUUAGAAGAUGAACAUUUAGCAAAAAGAGCAAGACAAGGUGAAGAGGACAAUGAGUAUACUGAAAGCUAUUCUGAUGAUGAUUCAAGUAUGGAAGACUACCCAGAUCCACAGUCAGCAAAUCACAUGAACAGUUCCCUGUUGUCUUUGUAUCGAAAAGGAAAUCCUGAUUCUGUUUCAAAUACUCCUGAGAUGGAGCAAAGAGAAACCACCUCUUCAACACCACAGAUAAGUUCCAAAACAGGCCCCGUUCCCUUGAAGACCCCUGCCAAAGAUUCUGAGGGAGGAUGGUUUAUUGACAAAACCCCAAGUGGAAAGAAGGACAGUUUUUUCUUGGACCUAUCAGAUGAGAAAAGUGAUCCUAAGAAGUCAAUAACUGAGAUACAGGGUUCAAAAGAUUCUUCUCUUUUGGAGAGUGAUAUGAAACGGAAAGGCAGGCUAAAGAAUAAAGGAAGCAAAAGGAAGAAAGAAGAUCUUCAGGAAGUAGAUGGAGAAAUUGAAGCUGUCCUGCAAAAGAAAGCUAAAGCCAGGGGGUUAGAAUUCCAGAUCUCCAAUGUGAAGUUUGAAGAUGUGGGAGGCAAUGAUAUGACGUUAAAAGAGGUCUGCAAGAUGCUCAUACACAUGCGUCACCCGGAGGUGUACCACCACCUGGGCGUCGUGCCCCCUCGUGGAGUUCUCCUUCAUGGGCCACCAGGCUGUGGGAAGACUUUACUUGCACAUGCAAUUGCUGGGGAACUUGACCUGCCAAUUUUGAAAGUGGCUGCUCCAGAGAUUGUGUCUGGAGUAUCCGGAGAGUCUGAGCAGAAGCUGAGAGAACUAUUUGAGCAAGCUGUGUCAAACGCACCAUGUAUCAUUUUCAUUGAUGAAAUUGAUGCUAUUACCCCCAAAAGAGAAGUUGCUUCAAAAGAUAUGGAACGAAGAAUUGUAGCCCAACUCCUAACCUGCAUGGAUGAUCUGAAUAAUGUGGCUGCUACAGCCCGGGUGCUAGUUAUUGGAGCUACUAAUCGACCAGACUCAUUAGACCCUGCUUUGAGACGUGCAGGAAGGUUCGACCGAGAAAUAUGCCUAGGUAUCCCAGGUGAAGCAUCCAGAGAAAGAAUACUUCAGACGUUGUGCAGAAAACUGAGGCUUCCUCAAGCUUUUGAUUUCUGUCACUUAGCACACCUAACUCCAGGCUUUGUUGGUGCUGAUCUGAUGGCACUGUGCCGAGAGGCAGCAAUGUGUGCAGUCAACAGAGUCUUAAUGAAGCUACAGGAACAGGAGAAGAAAGAUCCUGAAAUGGAAGAUUUGCCAUCUAAAGGAGUCCAGGAGGAAAGUCUGGGAACUGAAUCCACUUCUGAAACACAGGAUGAAUUACAAAGGCUGCUGGGGUUGCUAAGAGACCAAGAUCCCCUCUCAGAGGAGCAGAUGCAAGGCCUGUGCAUUGAACUGAAUGAUUUCAUUGUUGCUCUAUCCUCAGUCCAACCCUCUGCCAAAAGGGAAGGCUUUGUCACUGUCCCUAACGUGACAUGGGCAGAUAUUGGUGCCCUGGAAGACAUUAGAGAGGAGCUCACCAUGGCAAUAUUGGCACCAGUACGCAACCCAGACCAGUUCAAAGCUCUUGGAUUGGUGACUCCAGCUGGGGUCCUCCUUGCUGGUCCGCCUGGCUGUGGGAAGACUCUGCUGGCAAAGGCUGUUGCAAAUGAGUCUGGACUAAAUUUUAUAUCUGUCAAGGGCCCUGAAUUACUAAACAUGUAUGUUGGUGAGAGUGAACGUGCUGUGCGACAAGUUUUUCAACGAGCCAAGAACUCAGCACCCUGUGUGAUAUUCUUUGAUGAAGUGGAUGCUUUAUGUCCUCGAAGAUCAGACCGAGAGACAGGGGCAAGUGUCCGAGUGGUGAAUCAGCUACUUACAGAGAUGGAUGGUCUGGAAGCACGCCAGCAGGUUUUUAUUAUGGCAGCCACUAACAGGCCAGAUAUAAUUGACCCUGCAAUCCUGCGCCCGGGCCGCCUGGACAAAACACUGUUUGUGGGUUUACCACCCCCUACAGAUCGCCUUGCCAUCUUAAAAACUAUCACAAAAAAUGGUACCAAACCACCACUGGAUGCAGAUGUAAAUUUGGAAGCAAUUGCUGGUGACCUUCGCUGUGAUUGCUAUACGGGCGCAGAUCUCUCUGCUUUGGUAAGAGAAGCUUCUAUCUGUGCCCUGAGACAGGAAAUGGCAAGACAGAAGAGUGGAAAAGAAAAAGGUGAACUCAAGAUUAGUCAUAAGCAUUUUGAAGAAGCUUUCAAGAAAGUAAGAUCAUCUAUAUCAAAAAAGGAUCAAAUCAUGUAUGAACGUUUGCAGGAGUCCCUCAGCCGGUGACGUCUCCAGCAGCUGGCUUAGAGGAGCCCAUCAAGCUGGCAGAGAAUCCCCCACACGCUCUGAAGGACCUGCUUUCAGCUGGACACAGGUGCGGCCUCAUGUAAAUAUUUUAUUUUCAAGUGAAUGAGGCCAAGCUGAAGCUGAAGAUUCUUCCCAUCUGGCCAGCCUUGUGUGAAAAUGCCUUCUUCCUCUUUAAGAAAAGGAAAAUUUUUAAACUGCUGAAAUAAAAUGACUGUUACAUUUUUCAAAUAAAACUUUUACUUUGAACUAUUUUGACUAUA